AUGAGCACCUCUUCUUUGCAUACGAGGAUAAGGGAUGGUCUCGCAACCAGAAAGUACACCGGAGAUGUGAGUGUAACCGUUGUGGUUGCUCGCUAUACCCAAGAUAUUACCCCUGAGGUUCUACAAAUUUUGCGAGAUAACAAUGUCGUUUGUCAUCACCUGGGAUAUGAUUCGGAGGAGAACAAACCAAAACGUGAUGCUGCGGAUAGAGCUAUUAUUGCGAUGAUCAACGAAUUUGUAGCCGACCCUGAAAAUGCCCCACCUCAGAACAUCAUGGUGUGUUCUAGUGAUGGCUUUUUCCACACAGCCUUAAAACCUGCGAGGGAUUGA